CAGUCGAUGGCUACAAUCGGAUGAUCCCUCGGUGGGCGGAGCCUCAGAUGAGGAAAUGGUGCUGUUGGCUGGCCGCCUCCCCGCCCGGUGUGACCCGGUCCUCCGCUCAUCCAUUCCCUCUGCCUUCAGCCCCGCUUAGAGCAGCGGUUCACAGCAGCAGCCUCCGGUCAUUCUGGAAACAUCCUCCAGCUGCUCAGCGCCUUCUAACGCAGCUACUCUUCUGCGGUCCGCUUGGUGGAGACAUCUGGAGAUUAAGGUUGGAGAGAAAGACGCGCAGGAUGGAAACGCAGAUCCAUGUUCCUGCCGGUUCUCCGGUUAUCAGGAAGAUCCCGCUGUUCGUGGAUGAACGCAACGUGAUGGAGGGAGCGAUGGAGCUGCUCAGAGAGCUCAGGCCGGCAUGGCAGCCCCACAGCGUCAGAACCAAGUCCUUCACUGACGGUACCACCAACAAGCUGGUGGGCUGCUAUGUGGACGACAGUCCAGAGGACGUGGUUCUGGUCCGAGUCUACGGGAACAAGACGGAGCUGAUCGUGGACAGAGAUAACGAGCUGAAAAGCUUUCAGGUGCUCCACGCUAAUGGCUGCGCUCCACGCCUCUACUGCACCUUUCAAAAUGGAAUCUGCUACGAGUUCAUGCAGGGGGACGCUCUGGGGCCGCAGGAUGUCAGGGACCCGACCCUGAUCCGGUUAAUAGCCAGGGAAAUGGCUCGGAUCCACGCCAUCCACGCUCACAACGGCUGCAUCCCCAAACCCAACCUCUGGAUCAAGAUGCGGCACUACUUCUCCCUGGUGGCCACCGAGUUCACCGAUCAAGCCUCCAACCUCAGGAUCCAGCAGGAGGUUCCCAGCAAGGCGGUGCUGGAGCAGGAGAUGGUGUGGAUGAAGGAACAUCUCUCCAUGCUGGGUUCCCCCGUGGUGCUCUGCCACAACGACCUGCUCUGCAAGAACAUUAUACAUAACAGCAAAGAGGGUCACGUUCGCUUCAUAGACUACGAAUAUUCCAGCUACAACUAUCAGGCCUUCGACAUCGGAAACCACUUCAACGAGUUUGCAGGCAUGGCUGAGCUGGACUACGGCCUCUACCCCAGCCAGGAGAUGCAGAUGGACUGGCUGAAGGAGUACCUGCAGGCGUACAAGCUGUUCACCAAGAAGACGGAGGAGGUCAGCCAGCGGGAGCUGGAGACGCUCUACGUUCAGGUCAACAAGUUUGCUCUGGCUUCUCACUUCUUCUGGGGCUUCUGGGCUCUGAUCCAGGCCAAAUACUCCUCCAUCCACUUCGACUUCCUUGGGUACGCCGUGCUGCGCUUCAACCAGUACUUCAAGAUCAAACCUUCAGUGAUGGCUCUUCAGAUUCCCGAGUGAGAGGAGGUCAGGGCUGCGGCGGCUGAAGGCCCGGAGACGUUCCGCCGCCCAGCCGCCGCCGCCGUACCGCCGCUCUGUCCGUCUGCCGGGCCGCCUUCCUUCAUAAAAGCGUGAUUACUCCUAUUCCUGCAAACGUACCUGGACUUGCCCGGCGCCUGCAGCUCGCUGUGAUCCCAUUGGUUCAGGCUCAGCGGGGGUCACUGACUCCACCCCUCAAUGAAGCGGGGGGGCAGAGACGGACUUUAGCUUUAGGAGCGUUUGGCCAAGAAUUCCCUACAUGUGAACCAUCCCGUCACCGUAGCAACCUGUGAGGAGGAGGAGCUAAAUGUUUGGUCUAGUUUUUAUGGCGGGCCUCUUCACCCCCUCAGGGUAACGCCUCCUGCUUCUGCUUCACUCUGAUCUCCUUUCAGCUUCCUGGAUUCAGACAAACAUGGCGUCGCUGUCGGCGAGGAGCGUGUUUGAGCCUCUGAAUGUUGAAAAACAUCCCAGGAAAAUUGUUUGCUUCUGAUCUCUGACUUUUUUUCUCCUCUUCUUCUAAAUCUAAACGCUUAUCAGUCAGAUUUAAAAUCAGACGGUUUCACCUUCUUGUCUUAUUGAAUCGUUUUGAAGCCGUAAACCUGAAGCUUUAGUUCUUAUUUCACUGAAUGAUCCAGUUCCCGGUGGAGCCGGCGCCAGUGAGCAGCUGGCGUCACAUUGCAGACGGGUUAAAUAAUGGAGCAGACAUGCUAACGGAUGCUAAUGCCUUUCAUCCAGGGAGCAGCUGAUGUUGCUGCUUCCUCUCCACCAUCCAGCUGAAGCGUUUAAACCACAGCGACACGUUUGGGAGCAGAGAAGCACUUUUAGACGGAGGCUAAAUGAAUACAAUAACUGUUUAAAUGCACAAUCACGGUUCAACUUGAAGGAAAAGGCCCUUUGCACUGUAGAAGCACUAACAGACCCUCACCUGCUGACGCACCUUUAUAGAGCAAACAUGGCUGCAGAGGCGUUUCCACUGAGAACGGCGCGUCUCCUUAACCUGAAUUAGUUUGCUGUAGUUUGGAUCCACGGCGGUUCAGAGGAAGUUUCUUUCCCAGCGUCGGUGUCUGCAGGCGGUUUGCGUAACAUUCCCUCCUCUAGAGCAGCAGCUCUGCUUCUAAAGCUCUUUAUUUAUUGAGUGACUAACUUUUUUCUAUUGUUUCUCUAAUGACAUCUAAAUAGUUCAGGCUUCAGCUUCAUUGAGUUGCUGUUUAUUUAAGGUUGCUUUGUUUCAGCGUGUGAAUGUACUAAUGUUCUAGUUUGCCGUUCUUUACUUUUUGUAAAGGAGGUUUCCUUUCCUGGGACUUUGUAAAUGUGACGGAGGAUGUAAAUACUGUAACAAAUACUGUGAAAAGUUUCCUGUACAGUGAUUCUCCGCAGCCUGCAGAAGUAAAAAGAAUAAUUUAACAGUUGCCAGUAAAAUAUUUCAAUUAAAGACUAAAGUGAUUUUAAAAGGUUUGGGUGUCUGUUUGUGUUUGCUGACCUGCUUCCUGUGCAGCUGAUGACAGAUGGCUCAGAGCCGACCACCAGUCGUUUAUUGCAGACGGCUUGUGCAGACGUGGGAAGAACCUGGAGAGUGAGAUAGGUCAUCCCAGCUGCACCAUUGCUGGGGAGAAUGAAGACCCAGUAACCCCAUUCUGCUGCCCGCUGUGCGUCUGGACGCCACGGCCCGCCAAAGGUCAUGGAUGAAGAAAAGGAUGGAAGGUACCAGGAUGCAAAGGGACCCUAAAGCCUAAAAUGGGAUUUCCACCUGUUUCACCAGCUGUUGCUCCUCCAGGUUCCAUAGAGAAUAAUACGACGGAGUGUCAGGGCCACGCUAGAGACUUUUUAUUCCUUCUAUUACGAGAAUAAAGUUUUAUUUUAUAUCAUCUCUUCCAAGAAUCCCUUUCUUCCCUAAAGUGAGGAAUGUGGAGCAUCAUGUGAAGUUCUACUUUAGCAUCGGUUUGACAAAUCAGGAAAUCUUUUAGCAGCAGCAUCAAACUGGGCAGGAUGUCAAAGUGGACUCUGGAUGCUGAUUGGUGGAGCUGGUCGGACGUCAUCUGCUGGGUGGAGCUCCAAGCUUUCUUUCUGGAACGGGUUUUUGUUUGAUG